GAUAUUCUGUUCUCCUUUGAAAUUACACCUAUCUUCUUCCAGACAGGGUGAACGUUUCUCAUCCUAUCAUGUCUCUCCGAUUUUCUAGUGGGUCUAGGCAUAUUUGCUUAUGGUCUGGAGCUGGGUCUGUCAGACCAUCCAGUGGAGGCUUAGGCUUUGCAGGCAGCAAUGCAUGUGGCAGCUCUGUGGCUGGAAGUGGAUUUUCCUGUGCCUUGGGAGGGGGCCUGGGCAAUGUUCCUGGGGGGAACCAUGCUGGUGGCGUCCUUGGAAACGCUGCUUGUGCUGGCUUUGCUGGAAGUGAAGGGGGACUUCUGUCCGGGAAUGAGAAGGUGACCAUGCAGAAUCUUAACGACCGCUUGGCAUCCUACCUGGGAAACGUGCGAGCUCUGGAGGAGGCAAAUGCCGAACUAGAGAGAAAAAUCAAGGGCUGGUAUGAUAAAUACGGGCCUGGAUCUUGCCGUGGACUUGAUCAUGACUAUAGCAGAUACUACCAGAUAAUUGAAGAACUUAAGAAUAAGGUUAUCUCUUCCACUAUUGCUAACGCUAACGUAAUUCUGCAUAUUGACAAUGCCAGACUGGCUGCGGAUGACUUCCGGCUAAAGUAUGAAAAUGAGCUCGCCCUUCACCAAAACACAGAGGCUGACAUCAACGGCCUGCGGAGAGUCCUAGACGAACUGACGCUCUGCAGGACCGACCAGGAGCUGCAGUACGAAUCCCUGAGCGAAGAGUUGAGGUACCUCAAGAAGAACCACGAAGAGGAAAUGCAGGCCCUGCAGUGCGCGGCGGGCGGGAACGUGAACGUGGAGAUGAACGCGGCGCCCGGCGUGGACCUCACGGUCCUGCUGAACAACAUGCGGGCCGAGUACGAAGACCUGGCCGAGCAGAACCGCAGGGACGCGGAGGCCUGGUUCAACGAGAAGAGCGCCACCCUGCAGCAGCAGAUCUCCGACCACGCGGGCGCGGCCACUUCGGCCAGGAGCGAGCUGACCGACAUGAAGCGCAGCCUGCAGACCCUGGAGAUCGAGCUGCAGUCGCUCCUGGCAAUGAAACAGUCCCUGGAGUGCUCCCUGACCGAGACCGAAGGGAACUACUGCACGCAGCUCGCCCAGAUCCAGGCUCAGAUCGGGGCCCUGGAAGAACAGCUGCACCAGGUCCGAACCGAGACGGAGGGCCAGAAACUGGAGUACGAGCAGCUGCUCGACAUCAAGGUCCACCUAGAAAAGGAAAUUGAGACCUACUGCCGCCUGAUAGAUGGAGACGGGAACUCAUGCUCCAAAUCAAAGCGCUUUGGAUCAGGAGGCUCAGGGAGUUCACCCAAAGGUGUUUUAUUUCUAGAGUUAUCCAAAACCACAUUGGUAAAGACAGUGGUUGAAGAGAUAGAUCAACGUGGUAAAGUUCUUUCAUCGAGAGUCCACUCCAUUGAAGAAAAGACAUCUAAAAUGACCAGUAACAAAACAGAACAAAGGGUUCCUUUCUAGCCACCAUUGAGAAAAGAACAAUUUGGGAGAGGAUUCUUCACAACUGCAUUAUUCUAAAUAUCAAGAAAAUUAUUAUUUUCUACCUUUAAUGAUAGAUCACUUAGCAAAAAUAACCUGGUUUCUUAGUUCACUUUUACAGGGUGUUGGGUGUUUGUUUUCAAAUAAAUAAAAAAGUGAUUGUGCACUCA